UAGUCAUUUUAGAAUUUUGUUUGCUCCAGAGAACUUGUGAAUCAGGCGCUCCUCAAUUUUUCGUGAAAACUUACUGGAAAAUCCUAUCAGCGACAGUGAGGGAAUCGCGUGACAAUGGCUCGUACUAAGCAGACAGCUCGUAAGUCAACCGGAGGAAAGGCUCCGAGGAAGCAGUUGGCCACUAAGGCGGCUCGUAAGAGCGCCCCAUCCACCGGAGGCGUGAAGAAGCCGCAUCGUUACCGCCCCGGAACCGUGGCUCUUCGUGAGAUUCGUCGGUACCAGAAGUCCACUGAGUUGCUGAUCCGCAAGCUGCCCUUCCAGCGUCUGGUGCGUGAGAUCGCCCAGGAUUUCAAGACGGACUUGCGCUUCCAGUCGGCCGCCAUUGGGGCGCUGCAGGAGGCCAGCGAGGCGUACCUUGUGGGUCUGUUCGAGGACACCAACUUGUGCGCCAUCCACGCCAAGCGCGUCACGAUCAUGCCAAAGGACAUCCAAUUGGCCAGACGCAUCCGCGGCGAGCGCGCUUAAGUCCACUCUUACAUUAUUCAAUGUCCAUUUGCGAAAUUAAUCACCCAAACAUUAGACAAGAUAGCCCUUUUGAUACUUUCCCUGAUUUCUCACGAAACCCCCACAAAAUUUAUUUUCUACAUAUUUCAAGAAAAGCGUUUAUUGCAAUCAUUUCAAGUAGAUUUAGUGGAGAUUUGGAUUAUGUUACUCUUUUUUCUAGAAAUAAGAUGGAUUUCAUAACUUUUCUAUAGAUAACUCUUUCGUUCAAUUUAAUCUGAAUAAUAAGACACAACUUAUUUAACAUUUUACAUAUAUCUACUUUAUUUUUCAUUAGAUAUAAGUGUGGUACAAUUAGUAAUAUUUCGUAGACAUAUAGAUGUAAACAAAAAAAAACUGUAAAAAACGGAUCUCGGACAAUAAAUUAUUGUUCGGGUCCAA